AUGUUUUUCAAUUUAUUUUCAUUGUGCCUACAUGGCAUUCAUACAGAAUCAAUUAAUAAACCAUCUUUACAAACUAUAUUUCAAUUACGAAAUACACAAUUAAUAAAUCAACAACAUAGAAAAUUACUUCGUAUUAUUUAUUUUCGUGAAUUGGAUAUGACUUUAAAUGAAAAUAGUUUAAAAUUUGAUGUACAAAAUUUAACAGAAUUAUUUGGUAUUGAUAUAAAAAUAAAUAUUAUUAAUAAAUCAAAAAUAUUUCCAAUACCAAAUUUUUGUUCAUUAAUAUCACAAGAACAACGUGAUACAAUAUUAAUUGCAGAUUUAUAUACAAAAGAAAUUGAUUUAAUUUCUCGUUCACUCAAAAUACCAACAAUAGCACUUAUUAAUCGUUAUCAAAUUGUACAAGGAAAAUUACAUAAUCCUUAUCUAUUUAAAUUAAUGCCGGAUGCAGUAGAAGAAGCAAAAACAGCAGUAUUUGCAAUGGAUACUCGUGCUGUCUAUACUCGUAUUGCUAUAAUUCAUGAUAUGUCACCUGAUAUGGUUGAAUAUCGUUUAUCAUAUCUUCGACUUGCUAAACAUUAUAUUAUUUAUCAAGCACAAUUACCACGUAUAUCAUUAUCCCAUGAACUUCAUUAUAAAGCACGUAUUAUUAUCUAUGAUUUGACACAAAUUGAUACUGAUUUAAUUUUAUGCAUUAUGUCAACAGAACGUCAAUUACAAUUUGUUCGUUUAAUAAAAGAAUAUGGUUCAUUAUCAGCGAUGCAGCUAUUAUUAAAUCGAACAAGUUGGUGGUUUGCUUCUCGUCUUGGUGAAAGGGAUGGUUUUAAUUAUUUUCCAAAAAUUUAUACUGCUAGUGCUGAUCGUUCACGAACAUUAGCUCAUUUUCCAAGUACUGGCCUGAAAAUAUUAUUAAAUGCAAUAGUAAAAACGUACAUUCGUGUAUCAAAUAUAACAACACUAUCAUCAUUAUAUAUUGGUCCAUCUAGUUGUAAUAUUCAAUUGAAUGAAUAUCAAUUAAGAAAGACCCAUGCGUUUAUUAAAUUAUUUACUAAUCAUACUGAAUGGAGUUGUGAUGUUCGCUUUGGUUCUGGUGUUGAUCCAUUGUUAUUCGAAGCUAAAACUCUUGCUUGGCGUGUUCCAACAAUAUUUAUGGCACAUACUGAACAUUUAUGUCAGGGUAUGCUAACGCGUACAUUCUAUACAGGAAAUAAUAAUGCUGAUCAUUUCUUUCGUUCAUGUCUUCGAACGACUUAUUCAUCUCGUAAAAGUUCAUCAACAUCAUCAUCUUUACAAGAUAAUUCUUCUUUACGUUUAUCAUCAUCUCCAAAUGCAUUAGUUGAUAUAAAAAAUUAUCAUCCAUUAUAUGGUAGAUUAUGGAAUGAUAUAUCAACAGAAUGUCGUUUUGUAUAUAUGCAGAAAUUACUACAAAUACCAAUUGUUAUUGGUGUGGUUGAACCACCCUAUAUAUUUGUAUCUGAUGCUCAAAUAUCAUCAGAAUUUCAUUGUAAUUAUGGUAUAGCAUGUUAUCAAAUUGAUCCGCCAUUAACAAAUGCAUCAAUUGAUGCACUUUUUUUUCAUUCAAAUAUUCAUUCACCACCACAUUGUUGUUAUGGAAUAUCAAUUAAUCUUUUAUUACGUAUGGAAGAUUCAAAUUUAAUUUCAGCAUUAAAAGUAACAAAAUUAUUUGUGUUUUCUGAUAAACCAAAUAAAUGGUUAGCAUUACAUCAAACAUUAAAAAAUCGUCGAGCACAUUUAUCUAUAUCAACUAUUCCAUAUGAAUCAUUUUUAGCACGUUCAAUUGAUUUAAGUCCACCUUUUUAUCAUUCAUCAUAUGUUGUAUUAAUUGCACCAACACCAAAACCACCAUCAUUAGGUGCUUUUCUACAACCAUUUUCAUGGUCAGCAUGGUGUAUGAUUUUUAUUGCACUCAAUGCAACAGCUUUAUUUGAAACAUAUUUUGAAUGGCAUAGUCCAUACGGUUUAACACCUAAAGGACGUCGACGACAAAGAGUUUUUAGUUUAGCAUCAGCAUUAACAUUGAGUUGGUCAAUUAUAUUUUCACAUACAUUCAAAACAAAAUCACCAAAAUGUUGGUCAAAUCGAUUUUUAGGCAAUGUAUGGGGUGGAUUUUGUAUUGUUUUUAUUGCUAUUUAUACAGCUAAAUUAGCUGCUUUUAUGGUUGAAAUUGAUGAAACACAUGCAGCUACUAAUGUUCUUGGUGUUGUUGAAAUAUGUAGUCAAAUGCCUAAAUGUAGUAUUGGUGUUAUUGCAAAUACAAGUGAUGAAGAAUACAUGAAAAAAUUUUUUCCAAAUACACUUUAUACUUAUAUACAUUACGUUUCAUCAUAUGCGCAAGGUAUUGAAUCACUUCGUAAUAAUUCCAUAACACAUUUAUUUAUGGAUCAUUCAAUGGCACGAUAUUAUUUAACUCGUGAAGUCUAUAAAUCAAUUCGUAUAAGUAGCGAUAAUUUUGGAACAUUCGGUUUAUCCUUGGGUUUUUCAAAAUUUGAUACAGAUUUAAAAAAUAAUAUAACAAAUGUUUUAUUAUCUUAUGUUGACAAAGGUAUUAUUCAACGUCUUCAUGAUGAUUGGUAUGUGUAUGAAAACUGUGAACGAAAACGAAUGGAUAAAGAUCGAAUGUUAUCUGUUGAACGAUUCUUAGGUGUAUUUAUAUUAUUAGCUGCAGGUAUGAUAGUUGGUUUAUUAAUCCUAAUAUUAGAAUGGUUAACAUUUAAAUAUGGUGUUACAUAUUGGCGAAAACGACAGUCUUCUGGUUGGAUGUUUUUUUCUCAACGUUUAUAUGCUACAAUCAAUGCGCCGGACGAGGUAUUUGAUAAAGCUUAUCGUACAUCAAAUACCCAUUCAUUCCGAAAUGUUGGAGAACGUCUUCAUAAUUAUUCAACUCGAAGUGAUAGUCUUGAUUUACGUGUUAUUGAUGUUCCAAAAUUAUUAUGUACCACAUAUCAACUUAAAGAACAAAUGGAUAUAUUAAAUAAACAACAACAUAUAACAAUAUUACCACAAAAUGGUGAUAUAUGUAGUUUAUCAAAAGAUAGUGAGUCUAAUGACCAACAACAAUCAAUUCGAACUCGUAUUGAUGAACUUGAACAAGAAUUGAAUCAAUUAAGAUUACAAUUAUUUAAAUUAGAUAAUGAUUAA